AGCCCAAUUGUUUUUUUUGUUCUUUCGUCUUCAUAAACAAAACCCUCUCUAGCUGCAACCACACGAUGAAUUCUUCCGAUUUCCCCAACGAUUCUCGAGAAAAUCGUCGAAUCAACACCGAUGGAGAAGCGAUCGAUGCACUUUUCAUGGCGACGGAGGAAGCUGUGACUCGUGAUUUCCUAUCAGGGUUUCAAAAUCAAGACGUGGAGAUGGAAGAAAGAAAAAGCACCGAAGCAGACGUUGUUAAAACUGGUUCAGAUUAUUGGCGUGAUUAUGAAGUUAAGAGAAAUUUUAAAGCUGCGAAACAUUUUGCUCUUGAAUUGCAUUCAGAUCUCAAGAUUGUUGAAAAAACGGAGGAAGAGGUAGAAGAAGAAGUAAUAAGAGAUGAAGAUAAAAGUGAGUUUCGAAAAGCUAAAGAAUCGAUCAAGAAGAGAAGACAAGAGAUCUCUACAACAAGUGAUAUGGAGAUAGAUCUGAAUGUACGAAGGAAAGCUCCUUCGCUUGUGGAGCUGAGUGCGAGAGUUCUUGCUCAGAAUUUUUUAGCUAUCAAGUCUUUGAAACUUGUUCCUGAUCACUUGAGGAAGAAGCUCUCGUAUCUUGUUAGUGGUUUAGGUGAAUUCGAUACACGUCUUAUGGAGCUUUUGAUUGAAGAUUCUCCGAGUGAGAUUUGCGCUAAGAACUGUGUCCAAUUAGUGGAGGAUGACUUGGUAAAGAUCUUCUGUGACUGUGAUAGAGUUAGCUUGAAGGUGUUGAUUCUUGAUCUUUGCGGAAGAUCGAUGACGGAUUAUACGAUAAACCAGUUCUUUAAACGCGCGCCUAACGGAUUCCCGUCAUUGACUACGUUAUCUCUUCAAGGAGCGUUCUGUUUAACAGACAAUGCAUUGUUGUUGAUAUCGAAAUCAUCUCCUCUGCUUCAGUAUAUUAACCUCACUGAAUGCUCUCUUCUCACUUAUCGUGCAUUGAGGAUUCUUGCUGAUAAGUUUGGUUCAACUCUUAGAGGGCUUAGUAUUGGUGGAUGUCAAGGGAUUAAAAAGCAUAAAGGGUUUAGUAGCAGCCUGUAUAAGUUCGAGAAAUUGAACUAUCUUUCGGUUGCGGGACUCGUUAGUGUUAAUGAUGGUGUUGUCAGAAGUUUCUUUAUGUUCCGUAGUUCGAUUCUCACUGAUCUAUCUCUCGCUAAUUGCAAUGAGGUGACUGAUGAAUGCAUGUGGCAUAUUGGGAGAUAUUGUAAGAAGCUAGAAGCUCUUGACAUCACAGACUUGGAUAAAUUGACUGAUAAGUCAUUAGAGUUUAUUACUGAGGGUUGCAGAUAUUUGAAAUCACUCAAACUUACAAGUAACAGAUUUAGGUUCGUACAAGUCUCCCAAUUUGUUCUUUUUGUACAUAACAUCCGUUGAGUGUUCUGAAUAUCAUCAAUGUAUGGGAUUACUUUGACAGUGACGAAUGUAUUGCCGCGUUUCUUGAAGUCUCGGGAGGUUCUCUUAGAGAACUCUGCCUAAACAAAGUCCGAGAUGUUGGUCCAGAGACUGCUUUUUCGCUUGCCAAAGUUUGUAAGAUGUUACAAUUCUUGGACCUCUCGUGGUGUCGGAGACUCAAAGAAGAUGACCUAAGACGGAUUUUGCGUUGUUGCUCGUCACUUCAAUCACUCAAGCUAUUUGGAUGGACGCAGGUGGAGGAUACAUAUCUUGAAGAACUUUCAAGAUCAGACGUUCAUAUUACCGGAUUGAAACUGACUUCACUCUAUGCUCACCUUGAUAACUUUUACCCAAGUGUAGGUGCCAAGUUCUUCUGAUGAGUAGACAACUGGCGUUUGUAUAUAUAGCUUUGAAUUGAUGACCUUUCUUCAUUGUUAGACCAAAUUAUAGCUGUUGUACAGGUUCAUAGUAAAGAAAAAAAGAUAGUGAUAUAUGAACAAUGUUACAAUGUCUUUUAGAAUCAGCUUUUUGUAAAAAGAUUGAACUAAUAGAAAGAGAAGAAAAGUUUUAAGCA